AUGAGAGUCACCACAGCCGUGGACCAAUCCGAGAUGCUUAACGUGAACUAUCAGCCAUCACAGAGUGAAUUCAGGCCCGAAGCCAGACAAUUCAUCGAUCCAAUCAUCCAAUUCCUAGUUCACAACAACAAUGCACCCUUGCUCGUCAACCUUCACCCUUUUUACAGCUACGUGCACGUAAAGGAAGACAUCCCUAUGGACUUAGAAGCUCAAGCCCACCGCGAAUCCAGAAGUGCUCGUUUUGAUUACGCUACUUUCAACUCUGCACAAACUCGUGUCCAAGACGGACCACUUACCUACACAAACUUGUUUGAUUCCAUGGUGGACAGUGUCCACGCCGCGCUAGAGAAGGCUGGCGGAUCCUCUUUGGAUGUGGUGGUUUCCGAAGUAGGAUGGCCAACGGAAGGACACUCUGCAGCUACUAUUGACAAUGCCAGGACUCAUAACAACGGAUUGAUUAAUCAUGUACAGAGCAUUGGGACUCCAAAAAGACCUCAGAAGCGUAUCGAGACUUAUAUCUUCAAUUUGUUUGACGAGAACAAGAGGGAUCCGGAGGUCGAGAGGCACUGGGGAAUCUUCUGGAACAACAAACAGGCCAAGUACAACAUCAAUUUCCAAAAUCAGUAA